AUGUCUCAAACCAUAAAAGCAAGUAAAAAGUCUACUAACGCAAUCUCAAGCCCUACUACUGUAGAAUUUUCAGAUCAGAAAAAAAUAAGUUUGGAUGACAAAUCCAAGAAAAAGUGCAUCCAAGUUAACUUAACCGACCAAAUCAUUAAACGGUUAAUUAGUGCGCAAAAUGAUGGAAUAAAACUGAAAGUCAAAUUUUCCGAUAAAAUGCAAUAUAAUGUUAAUGAUGGUAAUGAACCUAUCGAAUUGGAAAAAUCGGAUAUUGAUCAACAGACAAAAGUAAUAAUUUCUAAAAGUGAUUCCAUGGAAGCAGAUAUUUGGUCAUUGGGUAUAACUGCUAUUGAACUUGCCAAAGGAGAACCACCAUAUGCUGAUUUACACCCAAUGAAAGUUCUUUUCCUUAUCCCUAAAAAUCCACCACCAAGUCUAGAUGGGAUAUAUUCUAAAACAUUUAAGGAGUUUGUGGCUGCAUGUUUGGACAAAGAUCCAAAAAAUCGACUGUCUGCAAAAGAAUUGCUCAAAAACAAAUUUAUUCGUAAUGCCAAAAAAACUUCAUAUUUAACAGAAUUAAUUGAACGAUAUCAACGAUGGUUGGUGGAGAGAGGUCAUGAUGAUACAGAUGAAGUGACACAUAAUGAAAAUGGACAUGAUUCUUAUGAAGAACCAUCUUGGGAAUUUGAGACUGUUAAACAUGCAAGACCAGUUUCACUAACAUCAUAUAAUGAAGAGGAUGAUUAUUCAGAAGACAAUGCCACAAUUGAACCACCAGUAUCAGUAUCGGGUCCAGAGGUUUUCACUAAAGUUAUUGUUCCAUCUAUUGACAAGUUGCGUAAAACUGCACCAUCUCAAAAGGCUCGGUUAACUUUGGAUGGAUUAAGGAUUGCUUUUGAGGAUGCUGAAAAAGAAAAUCCUGGCAUAUCAGAAAUAUUUAUGAAUGCUGUUUUUCAAAGAUUUGAUGAAGUUAAUAUCUAA